AUGGACGCGAAGGCCAAGUACCGCGAGCGCUACACGACGCUUCAUGCGACGUACGAGGCGCGGCUCAUGAGCCUCGGCGCCAAGUUCGAGGCUGCGCUCCACGAGCUCUGCGCCGACGAGUCGCUCGCGCUCCUGCAGCAGAACCCGACAUCCCGGGACUUUGUCGGUGACCGCCUCCACGAGCUCGUCGCGCAUGCGCUGGCCGACGAGAAGGAGGGCUUUAUCAAGGGCCUCGCCGAGAAGCUCGCCAAGAAGGAUGCGGCGCUCAAGGAAAGCGUAAGCGCCAGAGCCGUUGCCGAGAGCCAAAAGAAGGCGCUGCUGGACGAACUCCACAAGGUCGUCGACCAGGUCGAGGGCCUCCAAACCAGGUACACGACCACGCUGCGCGACAAAGACGACCUCGAAGGCGAGGUUCGACAUCUCCGCGACGAGAACAACGCGCUCAUCGAGCAGGUCGAGCGCCUCACGUCGGCGUCGACCGAGUGGGCCCGCGAGAAGCACACGUUCCUCGCCAUGCAGCAAGACUACGUGCGCAUGCAAGCGCUAUACGCCAAGGACCAGUCGUUCUACGGCCAGACCGAGUCCAAGCUAACCGAGACGAUCCAGGAUCUGCAGGCCAAGCUCAGUAUGCUCGAGGCCGACAAGACAAACGAGCGCCGCGAGUGCUCUGCAUUGGCUUUGCAGCUACAAGAACAAACCCUCGCGGUCGCGCAAGCCAAGGAGGCCAGCGCAUCGUUGGCACCACGGCUACAAGCCGCGUCCGACGAGGUCCAGCACCUCCAGAAAGCGCUCGCAACAGCGACCGCCGAGACUGCGACGUGGCGCCGCAAGUACGAGUCGGUCGGCGACCAAAUCGAGCUUCUUCUUCAAGAACAAGUGCACGAGAAGGAGCUCCUCGUGCUCUCGCACGAGAAGGAAGUCGGUCGCGUCGUCGCCGAGCUGCACCAAGCUAGGACCAACGCCGAGGCCGACGCCAAUCGGUGGCGCAAGGACUUUGACUCGCUCGAAGGACGCCUCACCGAACGAGAAGCGGCGUUGCGCGCGGCCAUGCACGAGAUACAGACGCUCGAAGCUCAAAUCGCCGAUCUGGACGUGGGCCGCACCGAGACCAAGGUGACGCUCACGAAGCGGAUUGCGCAGCUCGAACAAGAGGUCGCGGCCGUCGCCAGGGAAGGCCAAGGCGCGUUGGCCGCCGAGCGAAAAGCGCGCGAGUCGAUCCAAGAACAGUUUGCUUCGUACAAGCGCAUGGCCGACGUCAAGCUGGCGUCGCUGCAGACGUCGCUCUCGCACACGCAGGAGUCGGCCAAGCGCGACGCGGCCGCGGAGAAGCGCCUCAAAUGGCAGGAAGACGCGAUGAAGAAGCACGAGCAAAUGCUCGAUGGACUCAAGUCCAAGUACGAAGCGUCCAUGGCGUCCCUGCAUAGCGAGCUCACGUCGGCACGCACGCGCGCGAUGGAAGAGACACAGCGACUGCACUCCAAGCACGAAGAGGCGUCGCAACUCCAGCGCAUGCGGCAAGACGUCGCGCGGCUCGCAGCCACGUCGGCCCACACCACCUCCAAGGUCGCCGAAGCCGCCAAGACGCUACCGGGUAGCUACGUGCCAUUGGCCGAGCACAAGGCCGAGAUCGACAAGAUCACGGCGCAGCUCACGCUCAAGUUCGAGUCGGCGCAGGCCAAAGUCAAAGAAGAGUGGCAUCGACAGCAGCAGCAAGCCAUCGAGGCCGCGAUCGCCGACCUCCGGCACGAGUUGGCGGCCGCGCACGACGAGCUCCGCACGGCGCAGCUGGAAAAGACCGAAGCGACCAAUGCCCUCGUACUGGAGCGAAAGCACAACGUGCAGUGGGCCGGUUCCCUCGAAGACGAGCGGCAAGCCAAGACAUUGCUGCUCCAGCGGCUGGACGAAGCCGCGGUGCACCUCGGACGGCUCAAGCAGCUCGUGCACGAGUACCAAGACCGAGAGCGCGACCUCAAGACGCAGCUAGAGGCAUCGCACCAAUCGAUGGCUGUCGCCGAUGCGUCGGGCCACGAGCAAGUGGCUGCGCUCACGGCCGAGCUCGCGGCGCUCCAGGACAAGUACACGCGCGUCAAGGAGGUCGUCCAAGGCGCCACGCACACGAUCCAGACGCUCGAGCGCGCCAACGCAUCGCUGCAAGCCGCGGCCGCCGAGCGCGACGCGAACGCUGCGUCGAUGCUGCAAGAGAAGGCAGCGACCAUCGAGCUGCUUCAAGUCAACUUGGCGCGCCUCGAAGCGCGUGAACAGAGUACGCUGAGCGUGCUGCAGCAAGAGCAACGCGCGCAGAUGGACCGCCUGCAAUCACAGCUCGCGGCCGAGGCGGCGGCGCAGAGCUCACUUCGGGACGAGCUCCAGUCGGCUCAAGUCGCAGCGCGGGCGUCCGCGGACGCAGCCACAUCGCUUAGCGCGCAGCUCAGCGCGGCAAAGAGUGACCUCGGCGACGCGCAGGCCAAGAUCGCCAAACUCAAAACCAAAUACGACGACGCCCGCGCGACCAUCCAGACGCUGGAAGACGCGCAAGCCCGCUGGCAGUCGGUGCAACACGAGAUGGCGCUGUCGCAGUCGGACAAGCAGCAGCAGCGCCAGCGGCUCCUCGAGAAGGCCAAGCUCCACGUGCAUACGAUGCGCAUGGACUACUUGGCCACGAAGCGGGCGCUGGAGCACGAGCUAGACGAAGAGCGGCGGUACUUGACCGACUCGAUGACGCUCUUGCGCAAGACGCUGGGUGACGCCCAAGCACAGUGGCGUCGGCACACCGCCCUCGAUGUCGACCGGCGCGUGGCGGCACUUCAUGCAGACCACGCCGCAGCGCUGCGUGCGCUGGACGUAACGCACCAAGCAACGAUCGCGGGCCAGCUCGAGGCGCAGCGAGCAGCACUGGACGCGUCCUGGUCGGCGAAAUGCGAUGCGCUCGCCGUCACGACGCAAGAGGUGCGUGGCGCGCUGGCCGAGAAGGAGACGCAGCUAGCGACACUGCACGCGCAGCUCCGGGAUGCCACCCGCGAAAAUGACGCGCUGCAAAAGCAGCUCGCGCACGAGCAACAGGAACGCGCCAACGAUCGCGACGCGGCGGCCGCCGCUGCCACCACCAAAGACGCGGCGAUCGAGGCGCUGGACGCCAAGCUCGAGACCGCGACGCGGGCGAUGGCGGCGGUUCAAACCCAGCUACAGACGUCGGAGUCGAAGCUGGAGCACGCAUGCGACGCGCUCGCCCUUCUAAGCACACGCGUCGCGCCAUCGAUAUCAUCGUCGCUUCCGCCCGAUAUGUGUCAUAUGGAGACACUUGUCUUCAAGCACACACUGCUCGCGUUCGGAGAUCGCCUUGAGCGCGCGAUCCAGGAGCGCCAAUCGGCGGCCGUCGAGGCAGCCAUCAAACCAUUCAAGGACGAGCGAGAGAAGGCGCCGCUGGUGCUUCGCCGCACGACGUCGUCGACCGAGUAUGGCAGCGACUCUGUGCUCGGGAUGGCAGCGCCACUGGCGACCGAGCUUGCAAGCGCCAAAGAAAGAAUCCAAGCGCUCACACAGGAAAUGGCCCAUCUGCGUGAAAAGUACGACGCCGCCAAGGCCAAGUAUGCGAGCGCGCGCACGCUCAUCGAGCGCCUUGCGCAGGAGCGGGACGACGCCAAAGGGUACGCGGAGCGCCUCGCGCGCGACCGGCAAACGCUCGAACACUCGCUCACGACGCAGCUCGACGAAGCGUUUCAGCAGCACUCCAUCGACCUCGAUCGGCUCAAAGUGGGCCACAGCCGAGAGCUCGACUCGGUCCGGCACAACCACGACGCGCGGCUGCAAGAGCUCGAGAAGGAAGUCGACGCGCAAGAGCGCAAGCACCAGCGGCUGCGCAGUGUCCUCGGCCAACAAGAAUCGGACUUUAAAACCGAGUUGGAGGCCAUGGCCAAGCGGUACCACGGUGCGAAGCAAAAGCUCCAGCGCGUCAUGGAAGAGAUGGUAUCGCUCAAGCUAAAGUCGUCGUCGUCCACUGGUGUCGAGAGCGGCGAGAGGUUACGGCAGUCGACGCACCAGCGGUCGUCGUACGAAGGGCUCGGUGCGAGUCGGAGCACCCGCCGGGAGGCUACGAGCACCAUGCACGACCUCUCGUUGCUCAUGGAGCAGUCGCUCAAGGCCUCCCAGAGCCAGUUUUACGCCCGUAGCGCCUCGCGCCCCGAUGCAUAGACAACGGUGUACACUAGAAAUAUUUCAAGCAAUCAGCAAAAUGGUCCUCGU